GCCACAGGGCCGAGAGCACCGCGUAGCACGCGCACUCCGCACACCCCAGAGCGGACGACGCUUACACGGACCUGACCACACGCCCAGCCGCAGCAAUGGGGUUUGGAGGAUGAUGAACAACUUGAAGUUGGACUGACACAGGAGUGAAGCAAAGCAACAUGGCGGUCUUCAAGCCGGAAAAUGUCGAAGACAUCUAUGAGAUCGGGGACGUUCUGGGAAGUGGGCACUUUGGACAGGUUCGACAGGUUCGGGAGCGAGCCACCGGGACUCUUUGGGCCGGCAAGUUCCUGAAGAUUCGGAAGAACACAUGCAGCCGCCUCGGCCUGGUCAGGAGCUGUGUGGAGAAGGAGGUGGAAAUCCUCCAGGCUGUACAACAUGCAAACAUUGUGACUCUCAAGGACGUUUUUGAGAGCCGAGCCGAGGUGGUGCUCAUUCUGGAGCUUGUUAGUGGAGGGGAGUUGUUUGACUUUAUUGCUGAGAAGGAGAACCUGCUGGAGAGUGAGGCCAUCGAGUUCAUGACACAGAUCCUGGAGGGACUGGGCUUUCUGCACAGCAAGAACAUCGGCCACUUUGACCUGAAGCCAGAGAACAUCAUGCUGUCAGACAAAGUGGCUGCUCCGCCCAUCAUCAAACUCAUCGACUUCGGCCUGGCCCACCACUUCCACCAAGGGGAGGAGUACAAAAGCUCCAGUGGCACCCCACAGUACAUCGCCCCGGAGGUGAUCAACAGUGAGCCGCUGAGCACGGCAGCAGAUAUGUGGAGCAUCGCGGUUAUUACCUACAUACUGUUAAGUGGUUUGUCGCCGUUCCAAGGCGAGACUGAUGAGGAGACUCUGAGGAAUAUCAGUGUCAUGAACUACGCCUUCCCUGCACAGUAUUUCAGCAUGACCAGCUCCAUGGUCAAAGACUUCAUCCAGAAGCUCCUGGUGAAAAGCCCCGGGGAAAGAAUGACGGCUGAGGAGUGUCUGCUUCAUCCCUGGAUUAAGCCCAUCACAUGUACACAGGUGGCCAAUAGGAAUCGGUCUUCAAUCAAUAUGAAGAACUUUAAGAAAUUCAACGCAAGAAGAAAAUGGAAGAUGUCCUACAACAUGGUGUGGAUGUGUAACCGGCUGGGCCAGUUGAAGCUGCUGAAGGGCAGCUCGGAUCCAGACCCUCUACAGAGACAAUGUGAAAGUGACACAGAGGACACGGAGAUCAAGCCUGCCUCUCUGCUGCGGCGCAGGCUCAGCAGCACUUCCUAGAGCUGAGCAGAGGAAGGUGGAAGAGUCCGGGAUGUUCAUCAGGAGGGAGCCGCGGUGACGGGAAUGUGAACCUGACGUCGACUGUCUCCGAGGGCCCGGGAGCUUGACAUGAGUGGGCGGGGCCUCCCGCCACACACAUCUCUACAUGUGACCACUCAGUGAACACGUUGGCUGCUCUCAGCUCAUCGUUACCGAGGAUACGUUCCGCUACAAUGUAUUUCAGUUGUUGCUGAUUUUGGGAAUCUCUUUGAUAACACGGUGUGCAUAGAACAUGCAUUGUGUGAUCAAAGAGAGAUGCAACAUAUUUUUAUUGUUGUGAUAAUAUAUAAUAUGGUAAAGAACUUGAGGAACAGUACAAAGUGAGAACAUGCAAAGACAAAGGUCCCAAUAGGCACUCUGAGUUGUACCUUGCAACACAUUUAAAUAGAGCUAUGUUGUCAUGUCUUUGGUACGAGAACCGCUAAGCACAAACCACUCGGCAUGUUUCCCUCUGGAAAGAUGAAAUAUGUGAAUCAUUACUUCCAACAAUAUGUCUUGUUAGAUGUUUUGUACUCAUGUAAUUAUAUUACUUGUCUUGUGAUGUAUCUUUUUAAAAUGGCACAAUCAUACAUGUGUUGUAAAUAACCUCAUUAUAAACUCAUCUUUUUUUUCAUUGUCUUUCCAAGACUUAAAUAAUUCUAACAUCAUUCUAACAAGUAUUUGUUAACCUGUAUUCGUCUGUUGAUGCAUUUGACAAAGCAAAUUACUAUUAAACUGCUUUUAUCACUCUUA